GCCACAGCAAUUGGGUUUGAAACGCCGUCGCCAACAGACGCUUUAAACGGACAAGUUGAAAGUAGUAAAAAUCGUGUAAAAUCUGUGAACAGGAUUUAGCAAAAUAAUUAGGAAACUGUCUCAAUAAGGAUAUUUGUUUUUGCGGCCAAAACAUGUUUAACUCUGCAAACUGGAAGUUUCAAUACAGCUUAUGCGCUAUCAGUUUUAUUUAUCUAUUACCAAGCACGGCGGCCUACACUCGGGAAAUUAUUAACGACAAGCCGCCACUGCAGGAGAGACCACCAUGGCUGCAAACCUGUAAGCGAUCCAAUCCCAAUGAGAAUAAAUGCUUCCGACAGUUAUUUGAGGGCUGUUUUCCCGCUCUCGCUGCUGGCAUACCAGAGAUUGGAGUGAAGAGCUUUGAACCACUAACCAUUGAUCAAGUAUCUCUUUCAAAGGGCAGUGGAAAUUUAGUUUUAUCUGGCGGCUUUCAAAACCUAGUAAUUCGGGGUCCAUCGAAUGCAACUGUUAAGCGGGCAAACUUGGAUUUCAUACGUCGUCAGCUUAACUUCGAGCUGGAGUUGCCAAAGCUUCGCAUAAGAGCAAAGUACAAUCUAAAGGGCAACAUCUUGUUGCUGCCAUUAGUUGGAAGCGGCGAUGUUGCGAUGGCUCUGAAGAAUGUUAACACUGCUGUGCGUACCAAGAUAUCGCUGCACAAUGAGACCACAACCGGGGAUGAGAUCAUUCACAUUGAUGAGAUGAAAGUUAGCUUCCAGGUGGGCGCAAUGCGGAUUCAUCUUAAAAAUUUGUUCAAUGGCAACGAAAUUUUGGCUGCAUCGAUAAAUUCAUUUUUAAAUCAGAACGGUAAUGAGGUCAUACAAGAGCUGCGGCCCGAUCUGGAGUUGGGAUUGGCUGACAUAUUCCAUGGUCUCUGGAAUAAUGUUUUCUCUAAAAUGCCGACAAAACUCUGGCUAAUUUAAUAGGAUGAUUGUAUUAUAUACAUAAAUACUAAUUUAUUUUGCAUUAAUUUCUAAUAUCUUUAUUUUUCUAUUUGGGGAAUAACUAUUUUUUUUUUAACUAUGAUUAAAUAUUUAGUUUUUAACAAAUUGCUUACAACUUCAUUCGGGGCAACAGCUGUUCGUAGGUGAAUUCAUUAAACAAUUUAUCAAUUGAGGCACGCAGUAUAUCCACGAGCACCUUAGUCAUGAGAGGACGCACUUCUUCGGCCAAAGACUUCCAGUUCUCAUUGAGGAAAUCGUUCAUACGCUGACCCAGAGCCUUGUCGCCAUUGAAGAGAUUGUCCAACUGCAUGUGCACAUUCUGCAGAUCGUAUUUGACCUUUAUGUCUUUGAUCCUCAAAUAG